GCGCCUCCCAGGUUUGGCGCUAGGAAAACUCCACGUUCUGCUUUCUCCUGCUUUUGGCUCCUCCCCAGCUCCAGACCUGGCUUCCGUCCCGCCCACCCCCUUCCCGCUGUCUCUAGCUUGAGCGUGUGGGGACAGCUCCGCUCCUGCGCUGGGCCCACGGCUGGGCUGCGAAUAUCCAGAGCCCUUCUGCCGUGGGGCUUGGGCGCUCGCCCCUAGGGCUCUCUCCUUAGCUCCCUGAGCGCAGCCAGGAAUUCUCUCCCGCCCGUGGCCACUCAGCCCUUGGGAGGCCCUAGGCGCAGCGCGCUCUGGGUCCCCACUUCGUAGCAGGGCUAGCACCUCGCGGGAACCUGGAGUUUGGAGACACACUUGCACCUAGCCAGUCGGAGGAGUGGGCGCAACAGCCAAGUGGAGGCCAGCCGCGCAGCUUCAGGGCCCGGGACACAGCAGCGGUGCAGCCCAGGCGCGGCUCGGGCGCCCAACACCGGAGCCGGAGGAAGUCCCCUUCGCGGCGCGCGGGGGAGCGCGACGGACGCGCCCUGGGCGCACGCCCAGGAGGCCUCCUCCCCAGCCCUCGGGACAGUCCUUAGGGCGCGAGGAGGAGCUUGCUGGAGACUUCGAGGCUGUCCGGAGGAGCCAGCGAGCGGGAGCGCGGCCUCUCCUGCCUCGGCUGGGAAGGGGGAGUGGCGCUGGUGGGCUGGAGUUGGGACUCCAGCGAGCGCCUGACCUUCCUCCUUCUCUUCCUCCCCGCAUUCGCGACUCGGGCUCAGGGGGGAAGGUCCUAGCGGCCGCAGGAGGCCACCCGACCUCUUUUCCUAGAAGGCUGGCGAUGGAUCUUCUGCUUCUGCACCCGCUGGGGCACUUGGAGCGCGCUGGCGGCGCGUGAGCCGGGCACUGCCCUCCACAGCCCUCGGCGAGCCUCGGGCCAGCCCCGCCUGUCAGCCUAGCCUGAGUCCCCUUCCUUUCCCGGCUCCAAAUCGCCAGCGUCCCGAGAGCGGGAAGAAGGUGGCCCUCAAGCACAGUCCCGCCGAGAUGUCCGCGCAGAGCCUACUCCACAGUGUCUUCUCCUGCUCCUCGCCGGCCUCGGGCGGCGCGGCCUCGGCCAAGGGCUUCUCCAAGAGGAAGCUGCGCCAGACCCGCAGCUUGGACCCGGCCCUGAUCGGCGGCUGUGGGGGCGAGGCGGGCGUGGAGGGCAGCUCGCGGGGGGCCCCCGGGGGCCGCCUGUGUUCCGCGCUGCCCCCGGCCGAGGGUCUCAGCCCGCGCUCGGCGUCCUCUCCUCGGGGCCCACACCCCCGGGCCAGCCGACUCCCGCCCCCUAGACCCCUCUGCUCAUCCCACUCCACGCCCAGCACCCCUCAGGAGAAGUCGCCGUCUGGCAGCUUCCACUUUGACUAUGAGGUCCCUCUGGGUCGCGGCGGCCUCAAGAAGAGCAUGGCCUGGGACCUGCCCUCAGUCCUGGCCGGGCCCGGCAGUGGCCGCAGCGCCAUCCUCUGCUCCUCGGGGGGUGGCCCCAAUGGCAUCUUCGCUUCUCCCCGGAGGUGGCUCCAGCAGAGAAAGUUCCAGUCCCCCCCCAACAGCCACAGCCACCCCUACGUUGUAUGGAAGUCCGAGGGUGAUUUCACCUGGAACAGCAUGUCGGGCCGCAGUGUGCGGCUGAGAUCAGUUCCCAUCCAGAGUCUCUCUGAGCUGGAGCGGGCCCGGCUGCAGGAAGUGGCUUUCUAUCAGUUGCAGCAGGACUGUGACCUGAGCUGUCCAAUCACCAUUCCCAAAGAUGGGCAGAAGAGAAAGAAAUCUUUGAGAAAGAAACUGGAUUCACUAGGAAAGGAGAAAAACAAAGACCGAGAAUUCAUCCCACAGGCAUUUGGAAUGCCCUUAUCCCAAGUCAUUGCAAAUGACCGGGCCUAUAAACUCAAGCAGGACUCACAGAGGGACGAACAAAAGGACGCGUCCGAUUUCGUGGCUUCCCUCCUCCCAUUUGGAAAUAAAAGACAAAACAAAGAACUCUCAAGCAGUAACUCAUCUCUCAGCUCCACCUCGGAAACACCAAAUGAGUCAACGUCCCCGAACACCCCAGAACCGGCUCCUCGGGCCAGGAGGAGGGGUGCGAUGUCAGUGGAUUCUAUCACAGAUCUUGACGACAGUCAGUCUCGACUACUAGAAGCUUUACAACUCUCCUUGCCUGCGGAGGCUCAUAGUAAAAAAGAGAAAGCCAGAGAUAAGAAACUGAGUCUGAAUCCCAUUUACAGACAGGUCCCCAGGCUGGUGGACAGCUGCUGUCAGCAUCUAGAAAAACACGGCCUCCAGACAGUGGGGAUAUUCCGAGUUGGAAGCUCAAAAAAGAGAGUGAGACAAUUACGUGAGGAAUUUGACCGCGGGGUCGAUGUCUCUCUGGAGGAAGAGCACAGCGUUCAUGAUGUGGCUGCCCUGUUGAAGGAGUUCCUGAGGGACAUGCCGGACCCCCUUCUCACCAGGGAGCUGUACACGGCCUUCAUCAAUACUCUCUUGUUGGAGCCAGAGGAACAACUGGGUACCUUGCAGCUUCUCAUCUACCUUCUACCUCCCUGCAACUGCGACACGCUCCACCGACUCCUCCAGUUCCUCUCCAUGGUGGCCAGGCACGCCAACGACAACGUCAGCAAAGAUGGGCAAGAGGUCACUGGGAACAAAAUGACAUCUCUAAACUUGGCCACCAUAUUUGGACCCAACCUGCUGCACAAGCAGAAAUCCUCAGACAAAGAAUUCUCGGUCCAGAGUUCAGCCCGGGCUGAGGAGAGCACAGCCAUCAUCGCUGUGGUACAGAAGAUGAUUGAAAAUUAUGAAGCCCUGUUCAUGGUUCCGCCAGAUCUCCAGAACGAAGUCCUGAUCAGCCUGUUGGAGACCGACCCCGAUGUGGUGGACUAUUUACUCAGAAGGAAGGCCUCCCAGUCAUCAAGCCCUGACAUGCUGCGGUCGGAAGUUUCAUUUUCUGUGGGAGGAAGGCACUCAUCCACCGACUCCAACAAGGCCUCCAGCGGAGACCUCUCCCCUUAUGACAACAACUCCCCAGUGCUGUCCGAGCGCUCCUUGCUGGCUAUGCAAGAGGACGCGGCCCCGGGGGGCUCAGAGAAGCUUUACAAAGGGCCGGAGCAGUACGUGCUGGUGAGCCACUUGCCAUCGUCGAAAUCAAGGGAGAGUUCUCCUGGACCAAGGCUUGGCAAAGAUAUGGCAGAGGAGCCUUUCAAUAUCUGGGGAACUUGGCAUUCAACAUUAAAAAGUGGAUCCAAAGACCCGGGAAUGACAGGUUCCUAUGGAGACAUUUUUGAAAGUAGCUCCCUGCGACCGGGGCCAUGUUCCCUUUCUCAGGGGAACCUGUCCCCGAAUUGGCCUCAGUGGCACGGGAGCCCCACAGAACUGGAACGUGGCCGGCAGGUCAUUCGGAGGACUCAGACCACGGCCACCGUGGUGGAGUGCACGGCCUGCCCUCCCGUGUCGCGGGUCUGCAGCACGCCCCACAUCCAGGGCGGCGGCAGGAGACCCGAGCAGGCCAUGCCCAAAGCAGGGCGGUAUUUGACUCUGGGCAGUGCCGAAGACCUCACCCAGAGCGAGCCAGGCACCGCCUGGCCGCAGAGCAGAGCCAAGCCCUGGCACCAGAGACCUCGAGAGGGCGAGAAGCGUGACAAGAGGCCUCCUCCUCCUUAUCCUGGUCCAGGGAAGCAAGCUUUGGCGUCAGCCCGCCAGCCUGCCGAGUCACUGCUGUGGAGGCCUCAGAGGCCCGAAGAAGGUUCCAGAACAGCUUCGGAAGAGCCUCGGGCCACUGAGCAAAACCCGAGCACUGCCUACUCCGGUCCCGCCGGCGAUCAGAACAGCAAGACUUUGGGCGACCCCGACUGGCUCGACUGGCAGAGAGAGCGGUGGCAAAUCUGGGAGCUCUUGUCCACCGACAACCCCGACGCCCUCCCGGAAACGCUGGUCUGAGCCCACCCGAGUUCGCGCCCCCACGUCCCAAACAGCCUUCUUUCACUCAGUAGGGAAAAAAGGUGGUGUGAGACAAUUGGACACUUCUACUUAUUUUUCUUCUUUUACACUUUAAAAAAAUAACACAGGAGAAACCGAGUUCACUCAAAGAUAUAGAGCACUACCCUUGCCAUUGAUAAUAACGUUCUAUUGCAUAGCCAGCCUUAGGAGAAAACAAAAACAAAACCGGAUGGCGAUAUCCAAUCGAAAAACUACUCACUUUGGCUCUGUAUAAGAUAAAACUCUUGCUUUGAUAUCGCUUAAUUGUAUUUAUGUGACUUCCGUUCUGAGUGUUGUAUAUUCUGUAACAGAUUAUGUAUGAUAAUCAUAUAUGAUAUAUUCACAGAAACAGAAGGAACCAUUUUUUUUUUUAAAUCACUUCACGCAUACUAAGGAAUGAGAUUCCAUAGAAUGUUCUAGAAUAUGCACAAGCAGGUUUCUGUGCUUUUGCCAUAGCUUUUUAACUGGGGAUAGCCCUUCCUUCAAUGCCUAAGAAAAAACGCUAACACAGCAAAACAAAACAGAAUAUGCCAAGCCAUAUUUUUAUAUAGUAGUGAGAUACCAAAAAAAUGUAGUCACCGAAUGCUUUUUCAUAUUGAAUAUGUUUUAAGGAGAAUAUUAAAUUUGAUACAUUAUGGAAUAUAUUUUUAGAAUCUGUUUAGAAAGGUUUCAGUUAAUCAAACAAGAGAAAGGCCGUGCCUAACAAAGAAAGAAUAAUUAAGUUGUCCUUCCCAGUUUAGAUCAAAUUCAGUUUUAUAUAGACCAUAUAUAAUAUAUAUUUAUAAUGUAUAAUUUUUAUGUAUUUUUCAAAACUACAAACUGGAAUCCAACUAUAAAGUGUUUAAGAAUCCCAAUGGAGUAUUCAAAUUACAGAACACAGUUUUUCCUUCUGCCCCAUAAUCAGUAUUCACCAAAUUAUACGCAGUGCUUUGUAAAGUAAAUCAUGUUUGGGAAAAAAAAAAAAAAACUACAGCUUUGUAUUGACGUCGUGCCAAAGGCUGAGGAAAUGUUUCCUUCAGGAAUUUUGUGUGUAUUGUAAAAUGCUCCUGCCACACUUCAGUUUGAAGUUUUUCAACCGCAAAACCAUUUUUGACCAGCAGGUGGCGAUUCGCUUCAGUAUUUUGUGAGAUUUUUUUUUUUUUCACUUCAUAAGGGAAUGUGUAUUAUAGAAAAGGAAUUUUUUUUUUUUUUAUGGAACAUGCUACUCUUAAUCUUCAUGUUGGCAAUGACAUUUUCCGUGGUGUUUCUUCAUGUUCUAUCUUGUGCCAUGAUGAAUAAAAAGUUAAACAGA